GGGGGCGGUGGAGCGGCGGGGCCGGCCGGCGGGGCCUCGGCAGGAGCGGCGGCGGCGGGGACGGAGGGGACGGCGGCUCUGCUGUGCCGGAGGCAGCGAUGGAACGGUUCGGAGUGAAAUCCGCCCCGUCCCGUAACCGCUCCAAGACGGCCCUGUACGUGACCCCCCAGGACCGCGUGACCGAGUUCGGGAACGAGCUCCACGAGGACGGGGGGAAACUCUUCUGCACCUCCUGCAACGUGGUGCUGAACCACGUCCGGAAAUCCGCCAUCAACGACCACCUCAAGUCCAAAACGCACACCAAGAGGAAGGCGGAGUUCGAGGAGCAGAACGUGCGGAAGAAGCAGAGGACUCUCACCGCCUCCCUGCAGUGCAACAGCGCUGCUGCCCAGACAGAGAAAUCCAGCGUCAUCCAGGACUUUGUGAAGAUGUGCCUGGAAGCCAACAUCCCCCUGGAGAAGGCCGACCACCCGUCCGUGAGAGCCUUCCUGUCCCGCCACGUCAAGAACGGCAGCUCCAUACCCAAGUCGGAGCAGCUGCGGAAGGCUUAUCUGCCCGACGGGUACGACGAGAACCAGCUCAUCAACACCGAAGACCGCUGAGGGGGGAAACCGUUGGCGUCAGUGUCGUGAAGUUUUACAUAUUGAUGGUGUGGUUUAUUUUUAUAUUCAUGCAUAUAUAUACAGUGUUACAUAUUGGUUUUACAAGCUAUUUUGUAUUCUUGUAGAAAUGACAAUCUGUGCCUGGGCUCAGUGGUGUGGUGCCACAGGUUGUUGCUGACCCUGCUGCGGACUUCGGAAUUCCUGUUGAAUGUGGGGAGCGUUCCUGGUGUGCACCUGAUCUCUGCCCAGUCCAGCUGUAACUGAUGGCACUUGGAUGGAGGACCUGAACAGUGCAUCCAAAUAUCCGUGGAAGAUGGUGUGGUGGGGAUUGUUAAUGGUGUCAGUGGAUUGCUUUGUCCGGUGUCCUGUCCCUGAGUGACCCAAGAAGUGGCGCUGCACGUUUGAACUGCAAGAAGCUGUAGGAUGGUUGAUUAAAAUGCAACUGCUCUGCUGGGGGAGGACUGCUGCAACUUUCUACUCGAGUUUGGUUUACCUUUUAAAAUGGUAAACCUUUUUUCUUCUAGAAUACUCUCUUACUCUGUUUGGUGCAACUGUGGAUGUGUCCAUCAGCUCGAAUAGCCGGUCUCUUGUGUUGACCUCUGAGCUCCACAAUUCUCACAAGGCUGGGAGUUGUGCAGGUUCACUGCGUCUGCAUUUCUGAAAUCCCUCUUUCAUUGUCUCAGCUGUUGCCCCUUCAGCUUCUGUGCCAAUCCUCGAAAGCUGAGCAGAUAAACCAGUGACUGAGUGUGGUUUGCAGUGCAGCUGCUGGCAAGUGGGACUUGGGCUGGACCAAGUUCUUAGGAGAGAGGGUUAAUGCCUUUUCCCAAGGAUGCAGAAUCUGAAUUGGAGCUGGGGGGAGGCCCUAAAUUGUGGAGUUGGGAAGGUUUUUUCACUGUGCACGGGAGAAGAGACUCUUCCAUCUUUCCCUGAAGGUCCUCGACGUCCCCAGCCUUGUCGUCAGCCUUUCAGUCCAGGGCACUGAAGUGAUUAAAGUUGUUACUGCAAAGACUGUUCAGUACCUGUAAGCACAAGUAGGAAAGGGUCUAUAUUUGGGAUUUAUCCUGCAAUUACAGACCUGGGCUGUAUUUCUUGCUCUGGGCCAUGGCCACAUCUGUUGGGCUGGCUAAAAGUAAAAAAAAAAUGGGAAAAGAAAGAACUUCAGUCAGGUUACCCUCUCCAAAAUCUGGUUGAGCCAACCAGCCCAGUGGAUGCAAGUGCUCUGUGAGACACGAGAGCACUGUGCAGAGUGCUGGCAUACAGCUGACCUCUGCCUGCUCCGGAUUUCCUGGAGAUCCUCUGGGUUCAGGGAGGCGGCCAAGCAGCUUCUGUAGCACAGAAAUCCUCCCACCGAGUGGACGCGGUGGGGUAAACAUGCUUUAACUCCCUUGGGUGGGGCCAGUUAGCCAGCUUCCUUUCCCCGGCGGAAUUUCACAGUGUUUCUUUUAUUUCCAGCAACGCUCAGUAAUUGCUGAAAAGAGACAAAACAACCUGAUUAUUUUGCUUCUGCAAUUAUUUCCCAAGCUGUUCCUAAAGCAGUCUUUUUUUUUUUUUGCUGGGCUGAGGGAGACUUACAUACUUAGCAACAACUGUUUUAUUUUUUUUUUUGUGCACUUAGCUUCUGAAGAAAUGCACUUGUGCUAAGAAACCCUCUGGAAUAAAUGGACAACACCAAAAAAGCAGGAGGCUGCCCAUCCACGUGCACCAGGACAGGGGUGCUCAGCACCCCCACUGCUGCCCCUCAGUCCCAGCCAUCCCCUCAGCUCUGCUGGUGGUUGGUGCCGAGCUCCAAAAGGCAGAAACACCAGCAGCAAAAUCCUUUAAUCUAAUCCUAACUAUCAAAAAAAAAUAUGCCUUCCAAAAUACCGUUUGCUUUUGCACAAGCUUGGGUUUAGCUUGAAAUCAUGAGCUGCCUUGGGCUAAAACUCUUCUGGAAAUCUUCUUAGGCCAAGCCUGUUCUGUCCUGACAAUAAUUGAAAGUGUUCUUCUCUCCCAGCUGCUGUCUCACUGCGGUGAAACAACAUCCUCACUUUAAUGUUUCUUCUUUUUUUUUUUUGUUUUAUAAACCUUAUCAAUGGAAGCAAAUGGAAAACAGUGAAGUGUUGAGAAAACAAGCUUCCACUGAACAUAAGCACCUGGAGAAAAGAGGGUGAUUAAAAGGUGUGAUUUUGGGCCGGUUAGCCCAGUUUUUACUAAUGUGGGAUUUUUCAGGCUGCACCCCCAUAACGAUUUCGGAUACGAUUCAAUGUUGUGUGUUUUUUCCUUGACUGACAAACUGACAGACAUUUUGAAAAGCUUAAUGGUGAUAUUAAACAGUGUCUUGCACAGAUUUUAAAAAAAAUAAAUAAAUAAAUCCAGUUACUUUUGCAGUUUUACCCAAAAAUAAAGAAGUUGGCAACAUCAAGAGUUUGGGUUUAAAAAAAGAGAACCAGUCAUUCUCAAUAAGGCAAAGGAAUAUUGGAAUACUUACUUUCUCAAAAGCUUAUUCUACUUCAACAGAGCAAUCUCUACAUCCAGAGAUUUACAGAAUUAGGGCAAUUCUGUGAGUAUUUUCAUUAAUUCUUCUAGCACCAGUUGAUUUUGAUGCAGCACAAACCUGGUGAGGAACACGAGCAGCAGAGCCACGGGCAACCAACUCUGAACAGUUUGGAGCCAAAAGUUGGUCAUCAGAAUCUUCAGUGGAAUGAACUUCAUUCCACACAGCACUCUGGUGUCUUAGCAAAGGGAUGUUUCCAUUUUAAAAAGCUUUUUUAAAAUUUACAAGCUUUUUUUAAAAUCCAGAUGCUGAUCCAUUGCAACAAACGUUAAUAACCGGAGUGAAACAAUGAGAAAUAAAGCACUUCCAGGUAACCUAGAAAGAAGAAUGAAUAAGUAAGUUUGUAAUCAUGAAUAUGACCCAAAUCAUCCAGACUGUUCUACUCUCAGAGAAAAUAAGUGUGAGUGGUUCCACUCAGCUGUGGAACAAGAGUCCUGCAAACACUCGAAUUUAGAGCAUCAUUUUUGCCAGCGUGGCUACAGUCGGAUAAACUUUUAAUUUAUAAUAACCUUUUAGUUGCUGUUGAUCUGAGGGAAGAUUUACAGCAGGAGAUUUCUGGCAUAUCUGAACUAACUAAUCACUAAAUCCUAGCUCAGAGGCUGUGAUUGUUUUAUCAGUCUCCAUGGGGGGUUCCAUUUCUUGUGCAAGAACACUUCAUUAUUAUUUUUCUGGGUGUUUCCUGCAAAGAAAAGGACUCUCAGAAGUAAAGGCAGGAUGGUCUGCUUGUCACUUUACCUGUGUAGGGACGAGCCUAUAAGGGAUACUUUUUGCCAGGUGGUUUUAUUAAUAUAUUUAAACUCUAAAUGUAAUAUUUAAAAAAAAAUUUAAAAAAUAAAAAGAAGAAAUAUUUUCUUCUCUGACCAUGUACUUAAAUCAGUGUAGUCAACUGACAGCUAAAAUAAUAAAAUUGAAAAAAAAAAAAAAAACCAUGAGCAAGCUUCCAAAUUAUUAAUCAGUUUGAAGCCUCUGAUUUGGCAGGUCCUUGGGGGAGGUGAAACAUCCACCACAAUGAAAGGGAAAUCUGUUUUUCAAAACCUCUUCUGCAAACUAUGGGAUAUUUUCCUGACAGAAGGGCUAUUUUUAGCAAUUCUGACCCGAGCAGUGAAAUGCUCCCUGGUUUUGCAGCAUAAAUGAGCUGGUUUUCAGGAAAAAAAGGAAACAAAACAAA